AUGUCAAGCACAAAGGUGGCCCGUCCACUACUCGAUCUUUUGAAAGCAGAUGCCACUCUCAUGGCAAACCCGAGCACCAAGCAGGGUAUUUCAGACAUGGAUAUUCUCUUUACUCUCCUGCGUGCUUACAAAGUGCUGGACAAAGAUGAGAUACAGCUCUACAAAAACAACCGCAGCGUCGGUACCCCAGCGUCUCAAGAACAAACGCAAAAGAAAUCUGACAACUACCAAGAGCGUCCAGUCAAGAAACACGCUGGUGACGUCGAAGUGGUCGUCGAUCACUAUUAUUUGCGUCCAGAGGUGGGCGUAAAACAGCGCAAGGAGUCUCCCAGCCCUCGCCGCUGCUGGUCCAGCCAAAAAACAUGCCGCGACGCUGUUGAGAAUGUGCCAGAACAGACGCUCUACUAUCGCCGCAGACGAGACGGGAUGUAA